GACAGUAGCCAUUGAAUUGGAGUCGUUCACUGCGUUAACACAGGACGAUAUGUUCUCACCCGCAAAGCCGAGAACAAAGGUACACUAGAGGCGCGAAUAUAAAAUGAGAUGCAGGAAAGUGGAUAUAUUGGACAAGUUGUUGAUAGAUUGUUGGUUACAUGUCAGAUUACAACAGUUGUAGAUUACCGGGGAGUCUGCCACACAUUUAUAUCACACUUCGUCGAAGUCAGUCUCUCGAAAUUAUUACUCUUUCUCUCUUCAUAUCAUCAUGUAUCAAUCAUCGCAGCUCUCUUGGCGCAUCCUCGCGGCUCCGAUCUUAGGUUUCCUUUCCAUUACCACUGCGAUAUCUACCCCCGAAGUCAUUUUCUCGGAAUCUCAAGUAACCUAUCGGGGAAUUCUCUCAAACAAAGUCGAACACUUUCACAAUGUGAAAUACGCCGCCGAUACAUCCGGACCUAAUCGUUUCGCACCUCCAAAGUCAUUUACACCCCCUCCUGGUACCAUCAUAGAUGCUUCUCUACCCGGUCCAGCAUGCCCUCAAAUUAAAGAUCCUAUGCCACCUUUCUUCUCUGCAGUCAAAGAAAUCAGUGAAGAUUGUUUGCACCUCCACAUUGCUCGACCAAGCGGAUUAAACCUAAACUCAAAUAGCAAUCUACCAGUUGUUGUAUACAACGCUGAAGGAGGAGUCAUCAAAGGAUCCAACCACGAUGACCACAUCUCGCCCGACAAACUAAUCUCACUAUCCGUCGACGAUGGAAAUCCUAUAGUCUUUGUAGCUUUGAACUCCCGCCUCAGUAUCUUCGGAUUCCCACGACUACCUCUAUUAAAAGAGGAGAAGUCUCUCAAUCUUGGCAUGCGCGAUCAACGUGCGGCGUUUGAAUGGGUGAGAGAUCAUAUACAAGAAUUCGGCGGUGAUCCAAAUCGUAUUACAGCCUAUGGUUUGAGUGCUGGAGGUACUAUGACCUCACUUCAAGUAAUGGCAUAUGGCGGCCAGAAAAGUGUACCUUUUCAGCAAGCAUGGGUCAUGUCUGGACCACCUGGCACUUCUUUAAAUAUGACUAGUGAUGUGACUGAGCAUCAUACCAGAGCUGUCGCAGAUAAAGUUGGUUGUGGAGGACUUGUGGAUUCGGAGAUUCUUUCAUGCUUGCAGGAUAUCCCAAUGCAAGAUCUCAUUGAUUCCGCAAUGGAGUAUUCCGUGUCAAAUCAUCCGCCCUCCGGUCUCUUUACCUUUAUUCCUUCGGUUGAUGAUGACUUCUUACCUGAUCGUUACUCGACUAUGAUGCGUGAGGGUAGUUUUGUAAAAGGCAUUGAUAUGGUAUUUGGAUGGACUCAAGAUGAUGGUGCUAUGAACGUUGGCCCUGGACAUCUCAUUCAAUCCGAGGAAGACAUGAUAACCUCCAUUAAAUCAUUCAUACAUGCCAUGACUACAGAACAAUAUGCAAAAUUAUUUGAUCUAUACUCGGCCUCAGACUUUGAAGAAGAGCUGAACAAUUACGUAUUACAAAAAGACUCCGAAGAUCCCGAUAUUUCAGUCCAUUAUUUUCGAGUUUCUCGCAUCUUGAGAGACAUACUUUUCACCUGUUCCUCGAUCGAUUUUGGGUACCACAUGGUUAAAUGGACACAGCAAACGAUAGAUCCUGCAUUCACGGGAGUAAGAAUUUAUGACUUAAACCAGAGUGCUUUGACUCCGCUAUGGAAAGGCGCCGGGAUGCCUUAUGUCAAAGUAUCUCACGGAUCUGACAACAACUAUUUAUUUAACGGUGUAUUUCCCGAAGGUCAACUUACCGAAGAAGACAACGAGAUGUCAGAGAUGAUGGCUAGGAGUCUUGUCAAUUUUGCUCAUACUGGGAACCCAAUUAGCCAAACUAUAUCACGAAAACAAUUUGACGAAUGGCCGGAAUCGUAUGAUAAGAUCGAGACAGAAAAUACACCACUCGAGAGCUUUAAGAUCCAGGUCAUUGGGGGACCCCUCGGUACAGGACCUGUUAUCUUGACCGAUGGAGAUGAUCAAGAUGGUAAUGAGCGGAAACUAGAAAACGAGAAUAUUGGGAUAUGGCAGCAAGUCUUGUCUGGCGCAGAUGAGUUUGGAUCGAUGGGCUCUAGGGAGAACUCCGAAAGGAAGAGAUUGAUUGAGCAAGAAAAGUUGUUUCAACGAUGCAAAUAUAUCAAUAGCUUGGCAGACACACUCGAUGUAUGAGUAUCUCACCAUUGAGACAUCCACAGCUUAACCAUAAGUGGCGCAAAAAGUACGACGAUGAUUAAUGAGUGAUGGCAUUGUUGGAAACCUUGAGAUUAUAUGGAGCACUUGAUCGCUGAUGACAAGAUAUUCCCAAUAAACGACAGAAAGUAUUUAACAUGACAAUUCUUCCAGUAAACUUGGUCAUGAAUAUUCACUGGAAAACGUAGCAUAGAUAGACACACAUUAAAAUUGCAAUUUCCGCAAUUCACACAGCGUUGCGUAAUGAAAAUCUCCA